AUGGCGCCGGCGCACCGGGAGCACAACUGCAUCCACGAGCACCUUGGAGAGCCUGUCGAGCCGCGCCGGCGCACGCGCCAGCUCUACGAGGCCGGUGAGGGAGGGCCGCCGCCGGAGAAGAGCGGCCCGGACGAAGGCGAUGGCGACGCGAGCGGGAUGCAGCCGCUGCGCAUCGUGAUCAACACGGACGCGCUGCGGUCCGACCCGGGGUACACGUGCUUCCGCGUGGGCGAGUUCGUGAACGGCCAGCCCUGCCGCCAGGAGCAGGUGCUGACUCCCGUCAAGCGCUCGACGCUCGAGGAGUCGCUCAUGCCGCGCGCCGCCGCGUUCUUCUCCAAGGCCCUCUCGGUGAAGCGCGUGGUCGGCAAUUUAAGGCUCGGCUCCUUUCGUUGCGGCUUUAGCGGCGGCGUGGCGGUGCCGCGCGAGUAUGCCACCACCGGCGUCGAGGGCGCCGACAUUGUCUUCUUCGUCACUGCGCGGCCAAUUGCGGCGCAGACGGGCUCGGACACCAUCGCCUUCAGCGGUCACUGCGAGGUGGACCAAUUCGGGCGGCCGAUUGCGGCGCAUUUCAACUGGUCGCCGGUUCAUUUGGACGUACCAAACAGCGACUUCGAGUCCACGUACCUCCUCCGCGUGGCGCUGCACGAGAUGACCCACGCAUUAGUCUUUUCGCCCGGGCUCUUUGACCAGUUCCACCGCCAGCCGGCCACCGCCUUCUUGCCGGCCGUCGGCGCGUGCAGCGGCGGCCGCACUCGCGCCAUCGUGACGCCCCGCGCGCUGCGAGUCGCGAGGAACCACUUCGACUGCCCCAAGCUUGAGGGCGCACCGCUAGAGGACGGCGGAGGCGCGGGCACGGGCGGCGCUCACUGGGAGAUGCGACUCUUCCGGGACGAGUACAUGACGGGCGCCGCGCCCUAG